UGUGAUCAUCAUUGACAUGGUCUUAUCCUGUGCUCCUUAGGGAGUCAGUCAGUAGGUUAGAGUGUCCGGGUAGGUCUACGUGGUGAGGAGUGGGACCUUUGUCAUGCACCAACACCACGAUGGAUGACUAUCCGAUGUAUGGGCUACUUGCUGGGUUCUCCCUCUGGAGGACCCUUUGGCGUCUCCUCUUUCCUCUGGGCUUUUGGCCCACUUUCACGUGUAGAGUAGGGCCCACUCGUGAUGGGACUUCCACCAACCCCUACACGAAGGAGGAGGAGGACAAGAUGACCGCCUUUCUGCAGGAAAAGAAGGAGAAGAAGGAGGCCAAGAAAAAGGCCUUGAAGGAGGAGCAGGCGGCCAAGUUGAAGAAGAUAGAGGAAGAGAUGGCCAAAGAGAAGGAGAGGAUACAGAAAGAAGAAGGAGAGAAGUUGAAAGAGUUGGAAGAGGAGGAAGAAGAUGAAACGCCAUUGCAGAGGAAGAGGGUGCAGUACAGUGGUAGUAGGGAUGAAGAGAUGGAGAAGAGAAUCUCCGAGUGGGUCGUCAACUUAUCCCUGGGCGAAGAAGAAGAGGUGGCGAUGUAUAUCUCUAAAGAUGAUCAGGAAGCCGCUAUGAGAGCUUGGGAAGCAGAAAAGGAUGUUGUGAAGCGGCAGGCAUUGGAAGACGAAAAGASGAUGGAGUGGAAGUUGGCAGUGAUGAGGGAGAAGAAGAGGAGAGUGGACGCGGCAGCUGAGGCAGCAGAAGAAUUAGAGGAAGUAAAGAAUAUAGAAGAGCAACUGGCCGCCCAGAUCGAACUCCCAGCGCAAAUCGAUGACCCCGUUGCGUACUCCUCAUUCACUUCCCUCACUGAGUUCUUGAAGCUGUUGCGCGAGAGGUUCGCCGAUGUCGCCCGUAGCGUUAAGGCCUCAGACAAGCUGCAGACGAUUCACGCUUGUAAGUGGAAGAGCGCCAGGGCACUUAAGAGUACCAUGGACGAACUGGUAGCUGUCCCUGACCACGGAGUUACAGACACCCAGUCGGUUGGCCUCUUUUAUCGAGCUAUACCCGAAGCCCUCUAAGGGCAUUUCUUCGCAAAGAGCGAAGACCCUGCCACUACAUACGAUUCCCUUAGUCGCGAAGUAGUGGCUUUUGAAGCCAAGUCUGCGUCUGUGUCCACUUUCUGGCACAAGGACUUAGAUAAGGGUAAGCAAUGGAAGGGCCGCACUAUCUCAGGGCAAGUAAAGACCAAGGACAACC